GGCGUUCACAGACGGACCAAACCGGGCGGACAGCGCGUCGAUAAACAACCUGGUUAUACCUUAAAUUAAAACAAAGCCUGCAGCCCGUCCUUUUCUGCUCUCUUCUUCUCGUCCAGCAUGGCUUGGACCAAAUACCAGCUGUUCCUCGCGGGACUUAUGCUCACAACUGGAUCCAUCAACACAUUAUCGGCCAAAUGGGCUGACAUGUUCUCAGCAAAGGGUUGCCAUGAUGUCCCUGAGCAUCCCUUCGCUCAUCCCUUUGUACAGGCCGUGGGGAUGUUUCUGGGCGAGUUCAGCUGCCUCGCUGUGUUCUACAUCUUGCUCUGCCAUGACAGACGCAGCCCAGAGCCGAAGAUGAACCCUGGCCAGAGCUUCAACCCUCUCCUCUUCUUCCCUCCUGCCAUGUGUGACAUGACAGCCACAUCCAUCAUGUAUGUUGCGCUCAACAUGACGAGCGCCUCCAGCUUCCAGAUGCUUCGCGGGGCCGUUAUUAUCUUCACCGGUCUGCUGUCUGUGGCGUUUCUGGGGCGUCGCCUAGAGCCCAGUCAGUGGCUGGGCAUCUUCAUCACCAUCCUGGGCCUGGUGAUAGUGGGACUCUCCGACAUUGUCAGCGGGCACAAGGACGAUAGCCACAAAAUGAGUGAGAUCAUCACUGGCGAUCUUCUGAUCAUCAUGGCUCAGAUCAUUGUCUCAGUGCAGAUGGUGCUGGAGGAAAAGUUUGUCUACAAGCAUGACGUCCAUCCUCUUCGGGCCGUCGGAACUGAAGGGUUCUUUGGUUUCGUCGUCUUGUCGCUCCUGCUCAUCCCAAUGUACUUCAUCCAUGUUGGCGACUUCAGCGGCAACCCCCGGGAGGUCCUGGAGGACGCUCUAGAUGCCUUCUGUCAGAUCGGACACAAGCCUCUCAUCAUCUUGGCUCUGCUGGGCAACACGGUGAGCAUCGCCUUCUUCAACUUCGCCGGCAUCAGCGUCACGAAGGAGAUCAGCGCCACCACCCGCAUGGUGCUGGACAGCCUGCGAACGCUGGUCAUCUGGGCGGUGAGCCUGGCGUUGGGUUGGGAAAACUUCCAGGGCCUGCAGAUCCUGGGCUUCUUGAUCCUCCUGCUGGGCACCGGGCUCUACAACGGACUGCACCGCCCCCUGCUGGCCAGGAUACCAUGCUGCGCUGGAAUGGUCAGCGCGGAAGAGGAAGGCAGCACCGGAGAACGAGAGAGACUGCUGGAUGAGGGGAGGGUGCAGGCCGCCGAUGACACAUAAAACUGAUCCAACUGCAGACAGCGUCAGACAGUGCACAAACGCUGCAGCUUUCGUGAUCGCUGUCAGCUUUUCUGUUCACGCCUCUGUUUUUAAAGGACCUCACAUGUGGUUGUGUGAAAGAUUUCUUUUUUUUUAAUUGUUCAAUAUUUUUGGAAAGAAUUGUUCGUUUUUAGCUGCGCUGAAUGAGACUACUCAUAAUAUGAAGCUACAGACAGUAGAAUUGAUGUUUUGUUUUUAAUUUAACACAGGGCAGAAACUACAUUUGGAUCACAUGGACGCCCUCAGCAACUCUGAGACGUUGUAUCCCCAAGUAUGGCUCUUCUCAGGAAGUACAGUAGUACUUUUUAGACUACGAGCUACUUUUUGGAUGAAGUUUGCAAGCUGAGCACUUCUGAUUGGUUGAGUAGUCACACCAUCAUAUUUCAGAAAUAAUCCCAACUGUUGUCCAUAAAAUAUGCUUAAUUUGAAUUAUAUUAUGGGAUUUAUUGUCACGGUUUGUAAACUACAACUUUAAUUUGGCAAUUCCAGUUUGACUAAAAUUCAUAUGCCUUUAGGACCCAGCGGAAACACAGACAACUGCUCCCUAGAAUAAACUAAAAUUAUUUCUUCUACUUUGAAAUAUUUGAAAUACUUUCGGAAUAAAAAUUGCCACAAACCUUUGGUCAAAGUCUGCCACCAGAGUACGGGGAGGAUGAGCUGGAGGGCAGAUCUUGUUGUCCAGCACUUUCCCACAGUUCCAGGUCUUCAUGCGUCAUUAAUUAGACCUGCUGGUUCCUGAAACAAGUUUACUCCUCCAACCUCAGUCUCGACAAUCUUCAUACCUAACAGUCAAUGAGUCAGAGAGUUCAUUUAUACCCCAAAAGUUAUUGAAAUCAACAAAUGGAAAAGAGGGAAGGCACAUUUAGCUUUUAUAUCAAAAUGCUUGCUUUGAAGGUGUUUAUUUUUAUUUAAACAUGAUUUUUAGAGGCGUUCUGUGAUAAAACACAAACAUUCAGUAUCAACAUUAACUUCUGACACCGACGUAUUUUUAAGAAGAGAAGUGUUUUUUGUGUUUUAUAGUGCUAAUUCAGUACAGCACAAAUGUAUGAAAACUACCCUGAGCAUCAGUUUAUCUAUUUCUUUUGAGUAGAUGGACCAUCAAAUUAUCAUUACCGACAUUCAUUUGAAAAUAUGUGGCAUUUUUAUAAUUGUGUCGUGAUCUGAAUGGGUUUCAUUUUUAAUAUGUUGCUCUUUGUGCCGUUUUGAUGGUUGUGCCAAAGUGUUUUCACUUGUUUCACUUCACGGUGACAUCCCCACAAUGUCACAGGACAUUGGGACACCGGGGACAGCGUCACGUAAGAGGAGGACAGAGCUCAACAACAAGGGACUCGCGUUUGUUAUCCGAUAUCCCGUUCAAACGUUUCAGGUGUUUGCUGCAACAUACGGAAAGAAAAAGGGAACUGACUAAACAAGAUUCAGUUUUAUUCAAGCAUGUGUAGAAAAAGAGUAAAUUUUAUAGAAUGAAAUGUAAUAAACAAAGAAAAUUGUCAAAUA